ACCCGACUGAGGCAGUCGUCAUUCCAAUCACUUUUCGUCAUCGCAUCGUCCGGCACCAUGGCAAAUAGUCGCCAAACAUCGAAACCCGGAAUCCGACUGGAUUGGAUGCCGCAGUUGGCCGAGGCGAUAAACCGAGAAGAUGAUUGGACUGGGACCACCGAUGCUGCGGCUCGCCGGCGGGCGCAAACCAGACUAAACACAAGAGCAUACCGAAAACGCAAGGCACUGGAAAAGUUGGAAGCAAUAAGUGAACCAGAAACUCCAGUGCAAUACUGGAACAGCCGAGGUCAAUGGGUUGCACUGGUGCCGAAAACACACGCAAAGAAGGUCUACGAUUCCCGAAACCCGCUGAUUUCGUGGCAGAUGGACAAGUCCAAGAGGAACGACUUUGACAUUGCCUUUCCUCUUUCCUCAGACCACCUCAUCACCCUCCUCCAGUUCAACGUGCUCAGAGCCCUACUAGUUAAUCGUCGUCUCCUGUUGGGCCUCCCCACCAUGCCGCUCGACUGUGCCGACGAUGUGGUCGACAUCCGCCCUUACCCGACCAACCCGGAGCAGCUACCUCCAUCGCUUCUACCAACGGCGCUUCAACAGAAUUUGCCUCACUGCAACUGGAUUGACAUCUUCCCCUGCCCCGACGCGCGGGACCGACUGAUCGUCGCGGCCGGAAGUUUUGACGAGGACGACCUGUGGCUCGACGUCUUGGGUGGGCUGUUUGAGGGCUUCCCCGAUGAAGAGGUUGAGCGCAGAGGAAUGGUGGCUUGGUCACCACCGUGGGAUAUUUCCGGGUGGGAGAUGUCGGAGGGUUUCGUCAAGAAAUGGGGCUGGCUUUUCAAUGGGCCGGCCGCGAUGGAAGCAACAAAUCGUUGGAGGUCGGAAAGGGGUGAGGCGCGGUUGGAUGACUUGGUGGAGGUGGGUUGAGGUUAAGCCGUUAAGGAUUGUCGCCGGCUUGUUGGCCUCCAUUUACAAGCCCAUAGCUGACUUCAAGAGGGACCAACCCCUGCCAGCCAUGUGGGAAUGGCCAUCAAGGAUUAUCGUGCCCCCGCAGUCAUCACAAGACGCAACCAGAGAUUUACUGACGAUACCUACAAGCCGCAACUGCCGACAGA